CCGUCGUCCACCGUCAGCGGUCAGAUCGCGGAUCGCACGCGCCUGACGUCGCGCAACGUCGCGUAGAGUGGCGGGUGGCGGUUAGAGACAAAAAGCGGCUGCUGCCGAGGUGUGCCUGUGCCUCUCUUUCUCUCUUUUUCUCUCUCUCGGCCUCUUUCUCUCCCGCACACGUCAACGCGUGUGAACGCGCGUGACUCGGCGUGAGAACCCAACUACUUAACCCGUGGACCCUAAGGGAUUCAUCGGCGGGGGUGCCGGGGGUCCGCACACACCGGACACCGGUCACCGCGACCCCCCCGGGGCAGGCUCCGUUGUCUCUUGGAUCUUCUCUACCUGUGCUCCGAAAACGGAAACGGCCGAUCCCUCCUCUCUCCCCCGGCCCUCCCCCCCAGCGAAUGACACAUCUCGGUGGAACGAACCGAAAUCGUAAAUCGAGGAUAGCGAGAAUGUCUGUGCCACCUCCGCCACCGCCUCCGCAGGCUGGUGCGGCUGGUGCUUCUGCUGGCCCACCAGUGGGCGAUAACAGGGGCAUGUUGCUGCAGUCCAUAAGGGCCGGCAAAACUCUGAAGAAGACUGUUACCGUGGAUAAGAGCGUGCCUGCUGUUGCUGGGAGAGUAAAAGGCGAAUCGAUGAACUCUUUGUUAAGCAAUAGCAGUAGUAGAACUAAUAGCUCUAGUAGUGGAAUGAGCAGCGGCAACAGUAACAGCAGCAGCGGCACCACUACCACCACCACUGCGUCCAGCAAUGGUGGGCCCAUGUCGCUGGGCGGUUUAUUCGCGGGUGGUAUGCCAAAAUUAAAACCUACGGGACUUAGAGGAAACAUGACCGAGAAGGAGGGACAGAGUGUAAAUAAUUCUAGCUUUCUUCAUUCGUCACCUGGAUCGUCCCACAGUAUGAAACGUGGCCCGCCUCCAGUUCCGCCUCCAGCCGCGCAAAAACCGCAGAUAUUCAGUCAGGGGCAAAGUACCACCGAUUCCACGACGAGCAAUCCGGAGGUUGCACCCAGAGGAUUCGCGAAAUCACCCAUCGUGCCUAAACCAGCGCCGUUUGCCACCCUGCAGAAACCGUCGCCGCCGCCUAAAAAGCUGAAUCUGACGAGUAGCGCCGCGAGUGUGGCGAGGGCGCAGAGCAUGCGACUACCGCGAUCACCUCCGGUCCUGGUGCCGUCUUCCUUGCACCAGUCGCAGGAUUGUUUGAACGAAGCUGCGACGCCGCAGCCGACGAGACCCGCGAAUCGAGUUCUUAGGCCACCCGUGACGAGACCACCGUCACCGCCGAUCUCGCGAGCGAUCAUGCCUACGACGAGGCCACCGUCACCGCCAGCACCGCCGGCCUCGCGGUCGCACACGAUGCCGAUUACCGUGAUGAGAGCGGCGCCGCCGCCGCCGUCGAGGGUCACGGUCACCGCGCCGUGUAUACCGCCACCACCACCGCCGCUUCCCCAUCGUCCCGCACCCACGCAUCAGAGACUGGCACCGCCGCCGCCGCCGCCGCCGACGCCUCCUACCAGGAGUCUGUCCGUGCGCAACGGCGGCGGCCAGGCGGGAACCUCCGUCGAUCUGGAGGUACGAUUCGCCGAGAUGUUUCACGCCACGUCGAGUUUUCCACCACCGGAACCCUUCAGAGCCUUCGCAAAGGUUUAUAGUAGCAGGAACGCAGCAAAGCAACAAGCACCAGCUCCACCUCUUCAACCAUCAUCUACUCCUAACACCCUGCAUUCGUUAAAUACUUCGUCUGGGAGUAAACAGUGGCAACACAACGCGACCUCUUUGGCAUAUUGAAAUCUGUGCAUACUUAAAUCACUGCUUUGUGCAUUGAUAUUAUUUAAAAACUUCUCGAUGCUGCCACAAUAAAAUAAAAUGUUAAACUAAGUGAGCAUGAAAAGUGUGAAUCGGCAAAGUAUAAAAGUUUGAGAGAAAGAGAAAGAUUUUCCGAAUUCGCGAACCCAGUUAUACAAUAAAAUGUUUUAGACAAUAUUUUCUGUACAGUUUAUCUUAGGAGAAAAAGAGUAUAUUUAAUAUAGAUUAUACUUACAUAUACACACACAUGCAUAUAUAAAUAUAUGUACAUAUUUACAUAUACAUGUGUGUGUGUGUGUGUGUGCGCGCGUGUGUGUAUGUGCGUGCGUGUUGUGUAAAAGAAUUGUUAGAAAUUCUAGGCCUGUUAUUAUCUAACAGAAAUCUAAAAGAGAUUAAAGUGGAAGGCACAUUUAUUUUCAUUCUAAAAACAACAUACUCAUUUAAUCUUCUUACUUAUUGUAUUACAUUUUUCUUAUUUACCUCUGUAAAAUGAAUAAAUAUCACGCCAAAAUCGUUAAUUCAA